AGAGAGAGAGAGAGAGAGAGAGAGAGAGAGAGAGAGAGAGAGAGAGAGAGAGAGAGAGAGUCGGAUAUUUCAUUAUAUAGUUGUACUAACGCGUGUUAAAAGUUACGAACCUUGUUCGUUACAUGGGGACUGAUACAAGCUGAGCUCGCACCCUCCGGAUGUACUUGAUGUGUUUGAUUGGUGUCUGCAGAGUAGGAGAUGCCUCUGCCUGUACAGGUCUUUAACUUUCAGGAGAGUGCAGUGUCAGGUGUGGGGGUGGCUGCAGGGGUGGAGCAGGAUGAGACGGAGGCCAGCGAGCUGGGCAGGGCCAGGGCCAGAGAGGGGGAGCAGAGGGGCAGGAGCGGUGCAUGUGACCAGGCCCGGGAGUCUCCCUGGACCGGCCUGCUGCUCCUCCCCGCCGCCUCCCCCCCGCGUAGCAGCAGGUCAGAGCUGCGCCUCCCCGUCACGGCGGGGGACUCGGCCUUGAGGAGCAGCCUCUCUGCGUGCUCCCUCCUCCCUAAGGGGUCUGUGGAGCCCAUGCAGAUUGAUGCCGAAGCUCGGGAAGAGCAGCAGAACGACCCGGACAGCAGCUAUGUGGUGGAGAACUCCACACUGGACCUGGAGCAGUAUGCGUCCAGCUACAGCGGCCUGAUGAGGAUCGAGCGGCUGCACUUCGUGGCGGAGCACUGCCCCCGGCUGAGGGCCGAGGCCCUGAAGAUGGCCCUGGCCGCCCUCCAGGGGACCUUCAACGUGGACGCGUACGAGGAGAUCCACCGCAAGCUCUCCGACGCCCCACGGGAGGUCCAGGGGGUCCCAGACGCAGUGCCCGAGGGGGGGGCGGAGCCGCCUUCCCUAGACUCGGCCUGGGCCGAGUCCACCAGGAAGAGGGCUCUGCUCAAACUGGAGAAACUGGACACGGACCUGAAGAACUACAAGGGCAACUCCAUCAAAGAGAGCAUAAGGAGAGGUCACGAUGACCUGGGCGACCACUACCUGGACUGCGGUGACCUCAGCAACGCCCUCAAGUGCUACUCCCGCGCCCGCGACUACUGCACCAGCGCCAAGCACGUCGUCAACACGUGUCUCAACGUCAUCAAGGUCAGCGUGUACCUCCAGAACUGGUCGCACGUACUUAGCUACGUAAGCAAGGCUGAAUCCACCCCGGACAUGGCAGAGCAAAGAGGAGAGCGAGAUAGUCAAAACCAAGCGGUCCUUACCAAACUCAAAUGUGCUGCAGGCCUGGCAGAGCUGGCCUCCAGGAAGUACAAACCUGCUGCCGAGUGCUUCCUCCUCGCGUCGUUCGACCACUGCGACUUCCCAGAGCUCCUGUCCCCCAGUAACGUAGCUGUGUACGGGGUCAUGUGUGCUCUGGCCACCUUCGACAGACAGGAGCUCCAGAGAAACGUCAUCUUCAGCAGUUCAUUUAAGUUCUUUUUAGAGUCGGAGCCUCAGGUCCACGACGUCCUCGUCAAGUUCCACGAGUCCAAGUACGCGUCGUGUCUCAAACUGCUCGACGACAUGAAGGGCAACCUUCUGCUGGAUAUGUACCUGGCCCCCCACGUGACCACUCUGUACACACAGAUCCGGAACCGAGCCCUCGUACAGUACUUCAGCCCAUACGCGUCGGCAGACUUGACCAAGAUGGCCCGGGCAUUCCACACCAGCGUGGCAGCUCUGGAGGAGGAGGUCACCCAGCUCAUACUGGAGGGAGUGGUCGACGCUCGCAUCGACUCCCACAGCAAGAUCCUGUAUGCGCGCGACGUGGACCCGAGGGGCGCCACGUUCGACCGGUCCCUCCACGCGGGCGCGGGGUUCCAGAGGCGAGCCAAAGCCCUGCUCCUGCGGGCCGCCGUGCUGCGUGGACACGUCCACGUCAAGUCACCCCAAAGAGAAGGCAUCCAGGUGGAGUUCACCACUGCCAACAGCCAAACGUGGAUGAGCACCAACAUGUGAGAACGAGAACCCUCGUCCCCGUGCCCUCCUCUCUGGUGCCCCUUGGGAGGCACCAUUACAGCCGGGGAGGGGGGGAGGGAGUCCAAAAACAACAACCUUCACAGACCUCCCCCCCCUUCUUCAGAGGAUGGUACGAUUCCCUGCUGAGAAGGAAUAUCACAAUCGUACAGACUUUUUAUUUAACGUUUAAUUGUUUACGUAUCGGGAGAUGGAUUGAAAGAAAAAAAAAUUGUUGCUCGUUUUGGAAAUAUGAACGAUGAAAGGAGGAGGAAUGGAGUUUGUUGUCUGUAAGAGAUGCAAUUUCUCUGUGUCCGACAGAUCUUUGAUUAUUAAUCGACAAAAACCUCACCUCAGAACAAGCUUUUAAAAUAAAUCGAAAAACAUGCCUCUCUUCUCCAUCUUUGGCCUUUUGUAGGCUAGUGGGCAUCCAACAUGUAUACACUG